UCGGAUACAGCCCAGCCCUAACGACACCGCCAAAUGCCGCUUCACUGCGGCGCUUGAACGUUCCUCUCCUCCCCCCCACUCGCACUCACACCGCGGCGGCAGCCAACCGCCGACCGCCAUGGGCUUCCCCGGCGGCGAACCCCCACCGCUACCGUUGCCGACGCUCGUUAAGCUCGGACGCGCGAUCACCGAGCAGCAUGUGGACCGAAUUCUCGCCGCGCUCCUCCGCCGCCGCAGGCAUCGUCUCGUCGGCGCCCUCGCCUCUCAGGCGCUCGCCAACUCCCUGCGCCCCACCGCCCGCACCCACCUCCUUGCCGCCUCCGCGCUGCUCGACUCCGACCUCCCCCAUGACGCCGCUCGGCGUCUCGCUCUCGCCGGGCCGCCCCCCUCAUCCCGUCGCCUCUGGGACGCGCUGCUCCGCCGGGCCUGCGCCCAGCGUGGCAACCCUCGCCUUGCGCUGGAGCUGCUCUCCGCUGGUGUAGAGGAUCACGGAGCUGUCCUUUCCCCGUCCACCUAUGGUGUGAUUAUAUCGGAGUUGUGUGCGCGUGGGGACAUGGCCGGGGCGCUCAAGGUGUUCGAUAUAAUGACAGCGAGGGGGUGUCAGGUGGACGACCGUGUUUGUAGUGUGAUCAUUUCUGGCUUCUCCAAGGCCAGCAAGGUCGAGGCCGGCUUGGAGUUCUACGAUAGAGUGAGGAAGGAGGUCAGAGGGUUUGAGCCAGGCCUGGUGACACUGACUGCGGUUGUGAAUUUGCUUGGGAGGCAGGGGAGAAUUGGUGACGUGGCUGAGCUGAUAAGGGAGAUGGAACAGAAGGAUAUGGUGGGUGAUGCGAUGUUCUAUAGCAGCUUGGUUCAUGGAUACAUGAGCAGUGGCCUGUUGAUGGAAGGGUUCCGGGAGCAUCGGCUGAUGUUAGACAAGGGUGUUGCAGCUGAUGUGGUUAAUUACACUAUUGUUAUUGAUGGGAUGUGUAGAGAAGGUAGCGUGGAGAAAGUGAAGGGGUUCAUAGAUGAGAUGGAGCGACGGGGUGCUAAGCCGAAUUUGAUCACUUAUACAUCACUUGUUGGUGGUUUCUGCAAGAGGAAUAGGCUAGCGGAUGCCUUUUCCAUAGUGAGGAAACUUGAACAGACAGGUGUAGUGGUGGAUGAGUAUGUAUAUUCAAUUUUAAUCGAUAGUUUGUGCAAAAGGGGGGAUUUGGAUAAGGCUAUCUCUUUGCUUGGAGAGAUGGAGGGCAAGGGGGUAAAAGCUGGGACAGUGACAUACAAUGCAGUAAUAAAUGGUUUGUGUAAGGCUGGUGAAACUACCAAGGCCGUGGAAAUGUCUGAAGGUGUUACUGCUGAUAAUUUCACAUAUAGCACGCUGUUACACGGUUACAUUAAGCAAGAGGAUACGACCGGUGUUGUGGCGAUAAAGGCUAGGCUUGAGAGUAGUGGGAUUGCACUUGACGUUGUCACAUGCAAUGUACUUAUCAAAGCAUUAUUUGUGAUCAACAAGGUGGAUGAUGCCUGCAGCUUGUUUCAUAGAAUGCGUGAUAUGGGCUUAAGCCCUAAUACCGUCACCUAUCAUACACUCAUAAACAUGAUGUGUAAACUUGGGGAUUUUGACAGGGCAGUUGAGUUGUUUGAUGAGUACAGGAAAGAUACAUCAUUCUCCAGUACUGUUGUUCACAAUGGCCUGAUCGGAGCACUAUGUAAUGGAGGAAAGGUCACCAUUGCUGAUCAAGUGUUCUAUGAUCUCAUUCAUAAAAAACUAAGGCCUGAUUCCUGUACUUACAGGAAGUUGAUUCAUGCAAAUUUCAAAGAAGGUGGCGAACAAGGUGUGCUAAAUUUCAUUCAUAAGAUGGAAGAACUAGAAAUGGACUUGUUUUCAUCUGUUUGCAAUUAUGCUUCUGAUUUCUUAAGCAGCAGGGAUUGUUGCCAGGCAGCAUUAUAUGUUUACAAGAUACUCAGAACACAAGCCUUUGCUGUAUCAAGCAAAACAUUCUACAGGCUACUCAAGAGCUUACUCCGCAAUGGAAAUGAACAGGUCAUAGAACCAUUGUUAAGUGACUUCAUUAAGAUUCAUGGCCUGCAUGAACCUAGAAUGAUUAAUAUGCUGUCUUGUCACCUCAGCAAGAAGGGUGUUGGUGAAGCUAUUCGGUUUUCAAGUAACAUGAACAGCGGCAGCAUUCCUAUCAGUGUUCUAAGAGGAGCUGUCUUUGCACUAAAGAAAGAAGGUGAAAUUAUGGAUGCAUAUAAUUUUCUCAAGGAAGCUGAACAAAGUGGGUUUUCUGUGGAUCUUGCCAUGUACUCUAUAGUAGUGGAGGGCCUUUGCAAAGGUGGUUAUCUUGAGAAGGCAUUAGACUUGUGUGAAAGCAUGAAAAUAGAAGGGAUUCAUCCAACCAUUAUCAUCCACAACUCUGUUCUCAGUGGUUUGUGCCAGCACGGAUGCUUUACUGAAGCAUUCAGGCUCUUUGAUUACUUAGAAAGAAGCAACAUUCCUCCAACAAUGAUAACUUACACUAUACUUAUAUGUGCUUUGUGCAGAGAAGGUUUCUUAGAUGAUGCAUAUGAAUUGUUUCAGAAAAUGUCCAGCAAAGGUAUCAGACCCACUACCCGUGUUUACAACAUGCUGAUAACUGGUUACUGUAACUAUGGUUUAGCUGAAAAAGCGCUUGAGCUUAUGUCUCAUUUUGAGAAGCUUUGUCUACAUCCGGAUGCUUUUACACUUGGUGCAGUUAUUAGUGGGCAUUGUAUGAAAGGUGACACUGAAGCUGCAUUAGGCUUCUUUAAUGAAUACCAUUGUAAGGAGAUGGUCCCAGAUUUUGUUGGAUUUAUGAGCCUGGUCAAAGGGCUCUAUGCAAAAGGAAGGAUGGAAGAGUCCAGGGGCAUCUUGAGGGAGAUGUUUCAGUCCAAACAAGUUGUUGAGCUAAUAAACAACGUAGGAUAUGAGGUUGAAACAGAAUCUCUUGUUGCUCUUCUGUCUUCUGCAUGUGAGGAAGGGAAGAUCGAUGAGGUUGUGACUAUCCUAAGUGAGGUGAGACUCAUGUCUGUAUCCUCUUCAGAUUCUAAUAUUUCUAAUACACUUGGUCAGUUCAAGAAGCUGAAGAGAACUGAUGAUGCUUGUGAUCCUAGAACAGAUUCAGAACAAGUUCUAAGUUCAGCCGAUUUUGAUGUUUCUAGCAAUUGCCUCCACGGAAGUUCCCGAGGCACAUUGCAACCCAUGACAGAGAGAACUGAUAGUUUAUGCACAACAACUGAUAAUACUGAUAUUGACAAUGGCAAUUUGCUAGGGAAGUCUUUCUAUGACGACUUUGACACAUAUUAUCCUGCUAUUGCUUCCCUUUGCUCAAAAGGGGAGCUGGUUAAGGCCAAUAAGGCAAUUGAAGCAAUGAUUCAGAAUUCUGGUUAAGUUUGGUGACCGGUGCAAUCUGUUAGGGAAGUUCUUCUGGCCCAUUGUAUCAUCUUCUGUAAGCAAAGCUACUCUCGUGAAGCAAAUAUUUGUUGACAUCAUUGACCAUCCUGGCAGUUGGCAACAGAAGAUCUUGUACACUGGGAGGGCAUGAGAAAGGAGGAAACCAGUGGCAGUUCUUUGCGCAAGAAAUGCACUUAAACGACUAAUCAGAUCAACUGAGGGUAGUAAACUACUAGUAGAGCUACCAGGGCUUGGUGAUAAAAUAACACCACGCGAGAGAAAAUGGUGCAAAUAGAAAGCUUGUAAGAGCAAUGGACCUGCGGAUGAUAAAUCUUGAAGUCAGCACAGCUGGAGUACCACGAGAGCUGUUGAACAAUAGGUGGAUGUGUACCAUGAGUGAAAUUUGGAAGUCAGAACUUGGAACCAUGUUCAGCAAGUAUCAUUGUAGCGGUGUAGAAAAAUGUAAAGGAUACUACAGGAAAGAUGAAACGGAGACCUUGACAAAGCAGUCAUGGAAAUGCAGCCUGACCAAGGAUGCUGCCAUCCUGGUCUCCUGGGCAACAGCCUGCGCCACGAUGGAUUGCACAAUCUCCUUUGCCUUCGGGCAAGAGUGAUCGUAAAACUGUGGGAACAAGCCGUACCAUGGGUUGGCACGUACGACACCAGCAAGGAGGGGACAGACAAGGCAUAGCACCAGCAGGCAACUCAUGGAAGUCGCCAUGUAAGUGUCCUUAGCUGCACUUUGUUACAAGUAAUAGAAGAGACUUGUUAUUUGUUUGUUUCUACUUCUCUUCUUGUGGGUUAUGAGGUGCAGAAUGGGGUGGUUUAUAUAGUAGGAGGAUGAGGCGCAUGUAGGGAAGAGAAAGAAGGGUGGUUUCUGGGAAAGAACUGUGAGAUGCUGCAGGGCAGCUGGGUUGUUAGACGAUGCGUAUAAAAUAAGUGAGCUACCAGGCAUUGUCAACUGCUUCGACAAUAACUCUUCUAUCAAGUACUCCCUCCGUUCCGAAAUAUAAGUCCUUUUAGAGAUUUCAAUACAAACUACAUACGGAUGUAUAUAGACCUCACCUACUUUAGAGUGUAGAUUCACUCAUUUUACUCUGUAUGUAGUCUAUAUUGGAAUCUCGACUUAUAUUUAGGAAUGGAGGGAGUAACUCCAAAGGUUUAAAUCAUCUGAUUUUCUUCCAAAGGUGAUAUGCCCUAUGUCAUGUUUCGGUCUUCAUUUCUAGUGUUGUAGUUACUCAAACUUUAAGCUUUGGUGAUUUGGUAGACAAGUGUAGAUGGAGAUUCUUAGAAAAGUUUAAACUCAGUAAAUAUUUUAUCGACGAGUCAAAUACAAAUGCACACUGUAACACUGAUGAAACAUCAAUAUUGCCAUCACCACUUGAAGAACAACCAUUCCUAUGAAAGUUCUGCAAAGUUGCGAGUACAGAAUGUCUUCAACAAACAUAUCCAUACACAAUAGCUUUGUGAACUAAUCACAUAAAUUUGUGAUCAUGUAAUUUCACCCUUCGUGACCAUGCCUUGGAGGUAAAGCUGUUGCCUUGUGACCAUGAGGUCACGGGUUCGAAUCUUGAAAACAGCCUCUUGCAGAAAUGUAGGGAAAUGCUGCGUACAAAAGACCCGAAGUGAUCGGACCCUUCCCCGGACCCUGCGUAAACGGGAGCUAUGUGCACCAGGCUGCCUUUUUUUUAGUUUCACCCUUCGUGAGUUGGAAUGUUACAGUGAUUGAAUCGGAAUGUUACAGUGACUGGUUUGAAUUACCUUACCAAGGCAUGUACAAUCUUACAAUAGAUCAGUAAUCGGUCUGAUGUCUCACUUUAACCUUCUGUAUCACGGUAGGCCCACCCCUAACAAACCGUAAGUCUCUAGGAACCUCUCCAUACACAUGGCAAUACAUCAUAUAUCAUAUGUGAAACCAAGCUGCCAAAGUACACAAAAUGGCGUAACCAAAAGCGAGAGGGAUGUUUUUUUAUAUUGGUCAUCAUGGGAACAGGGAUUCGUAUCCCACGCCUUUGUGGAUAAAAGUAUGCCGCUACAGCAGCGUGGUGCCUUAAAAGAAAUACAGGUUUUCUAGAUGAAGGGUCAAAGGGGAUGUGCGAUAUUGCACCAACUUUGGAGGCACAGGAUGCGUGAUGAAUCUGCGUUAGGUACUUGCAUGGCCUACAUUGAUUGAUGCCGGGAGCAGGUUCCUGGAAGUACUUUCAACUGUUCCUAAGUUUUGUCACUGGGCCCAGCAGCCUUGUUUCUCUGCACAGCACAUAGCAGUGGCCGUUUCUUGAAGAAAACAACAGCGUGGUUGUUACUGCCAGAGAGUCAGAGUUUCAGGGACUUUGCAUAUGACUUGCAGGUAUGCUUAUGCUACGUGUGUGUGUGGGAACCGUUUUCUGGUUUAGAAAGAAAAGUACACAAAUGUGGAGACCAAUUUGUGACCUAGCACUGUCAUAUAUUCUUUCUUCUUUUUUUUUUCUUUUCUUUUUUGCAAAUUAAUAUCCUAGCUAAACUAACACAGACAGAAUGAGCAUAAAGAAAAUUCAUAUGAGCUAGGAGUUUUUAAGUUCA